UUAAAAUUUAUUUUCAAUAAUCUCUCACUCUCGUACUUAUAUUUUUACAGAACAAAUGAAAAAUCGUUUGUCGAAUUUGAGUCUCUUGCAAGUAACCGAUUUGUUGAUCGGCGUGCGGCAUUUGGGAGGCUAAUUAAUGGAGAUAUCCGCCAUCAAGGUGGUGAGUUUGAUUGAAAUCAUUAAUGAAUGCUUCAUCAACUGGGUGGUGGUCGUCCAGUGUUGAGCACCGUCUAUAUAGGUCGUUUAUGUGCGCCAAUCCCAAUGAGUUGCAAAUGGCGUUCGACUUCUCUUCAGAGAUCUUCGAAAAGUGACUUUUCAUGAUCUGAUAAUUUUAGGAAAGCAGAUUUAUUUCCUGGAAACCGACGACGAUCAGGAAUCAGGAUUCAGGGAAACAAAAAUGACCUGACUCUUCGAUAUUGAGGUGGAUCUGCUCCAGCAGUGUUGCUGUUCCCCUUUUCUUUUACCCUACCUUAAAUCGUUUUUUUUUUUUUUUCAUUUUUCUGCUUUUCGAUUCGUAAAGAUCACUUCUUGGGUUGCAGCAGUGUUCUUGUUAUCCUAAAAUAGUGGUAGUGGGAUCUGAAGAGGCGGGGCAAACAAAAAAAAAACAAAUUACGCAGUUCAAUUUCAUGGCGGGCUCAGAUAAAUUGGUGGUUCUGAUCACCGGUUGCUCCGAGGGAGGCAUCGGGUGCGCUCUCGCGAGAGCCUUCGCGGCGGAAGGGUGCGUUGUCGUCGCCACAAGCCGGUCUCUGAGUUCGAUGAGGAGCCUUGCGGGCGACCCAAGGUUCUUCCUCCAGGAGCUUGAUGUGGUCUCGGAGGAGAGCAUUCGGAAAGCGGUCGCUAACGCCUUGGAUGAGUUUGGCCAGAUCGAUGUGCUCGUGAACAACGCCGGGGUUCACCUGGUUGCGCCGCUCGCUGAGGUCCCCAUGUUGUCGGUGGAGCAUGUCUUCAAUACGAACGUUUAUGGCCCUAUGAGGUUAAUACAAUCUGUAGUGCCUCACAUGAUCAUUAGGAGAAAGGGUAAGAUUGUCAAUGUGGGAAGCAUUACUGCUUUAGCCCCAGGACCAUGGGCAGGAGUUUAUUCUGCAUCAAAGGCUGCACUUCAUGCUUUGACGGAUACCUUGAGGUUGGAACUUAGGACCUUUGGCAUCAGUGUGAUUAGUGUAGCUCCUGGGGCUAUCAGAUCAAAUCUGGGAAAUUCUUCGGAAGCUACUUACAACGAAAUGCCAGAGUGGAAGUUCUACAAACCCUUUGAGGCGUCAAUUCGUGCAAGAACGGUCAUAUCCCAGGGCCCCAAGGCAACGCCAUCAGAGGAGUUUGCAAAGAAGACAGUUGCUGCAGUGCUCAAGAAGGAACCACCAGCUUGGUUCUCGUAUGGGCAACUUUCCACUAUUUUGGCUAUUUUCUAUUACCUUCCAUUGUCAAUCAGAGAUUACAUCUAUAGGUUGGCGCUUAAGUGUUAAAUUCCUCAGACAGUUUUAUGAGCAAAUGAAAUACGAUUGUGAUGUAGGAUGAUGGUAUUACCAUGUCCAUACCUACCAAAUUGCCAGUUGCCUCCUGGUUCAAGGCUUUAAGCAAAAUGCUUAUUUCCUGAC